CUUAAUUAUGAGCUCACACAAGGAUUCCCUUCAACAUUUUAAGCAACCUUGGGCACAUGAUCAUGAACCUGUCAAUAAUCUUGUAGUUAUCAAGGUAUUGCUGCCUCAAGUGCCAUUCUGGUUUCUUGGCAGCUAUAUCAUUGUUGAUGAUAAGAAUGCUUUCUCCAACUCAGUUUGUACAAAUUCAAGCGGACUUUCUACUAAGGAAGUAGUUGAAGCGAUGGCUAAUUUUAAUGAGAUCCAAUGCACGAGUUCCCUUGCAUUGAUUUUGGCUCAAUCCAACCCUACCUCUCAAUCAGAAUGUAGUGUAGAAGAGGCAUAUACGUGGAGUAAGGUAAAAUUUGGCUUUCAUUCACAUGGUCAAGCAAUAUUUGCUAGUGGGAGUCCAUUUGAUCCAAUUGAAUAUGAUGGAAAAGUUCUUGUGCCAGGACAGGACAACUUGGACAAAGGAAUGGUCUACCCACCAUUCCCCAACAUUAGGAAGAUAUUUGCUUAUAUUGCUGCGAAUGUUGCAGCAAAAGUGUAA